AUGCCCACUCUUGCCCCGGAGCUGACCAAGGACGCCCCCGACCUGGCCAAGCGUGCCGCUUGCACUUUCAGCGGUGCGGAUGGUUAUGCGUCAGCCAGCAAGUCCAAGGCUGACUGUGCCACCAUCGUGCUGUCUGCCCUGACUGUCCCGUCCGGCGUCACCCUGGAUUUGACUGACCUCUCUGAUGGCACUCUUGUUACCUUUGAGGGCGAGACCACCUGGGAGUACGAGGAGUGGGAGGGCCCACUUUUCGCUGUCAGUGGUACCAAGAUCACUGUUGACGGUGCCUCGGGCCACUCUCUGAACGGCAACGGUGCCAAGUGGUGGGACGGCGAGGGAGAUUCUGGCGUGACCAAACCCAAGAUGUUCCAAGCCCACGAUCUCAUCGACAGCACCAUCCAAAACAUCAACAUCGUCAACUCCCCUGUUCAGGUCUUUUCCAUUAACGGAUGCGACACCCUGGCCGUCAAUUCCGUCACCAUCGACAACUCCGACGGUGACGAUGAUAGCCUCGGCCACAAUACUGAUUGCUUCGACAUUGGCUCCUCCACCGGCGUGACUAUCACUGAUGCCACUUGCUAUAACCAGGACGACUGCGUUGCAAUCAACUCCGGCACUGAUAUCACCUUCACUGGCGGCUACUGUUCCGGGGGCCACGGCCUCUCCAUCGGUUCCAUCGGCGGCCGGGACGACAACACGGUCAAAACGGUCACCUUCUCCGAUAGCAAGAUCAUCAACUCGCAGAACGGCGUCCGCAUCAAGACCAAAUCGGGCGACACAGGUACCGUCGAGGACAUCACCUACAGGGACAUCACCCUCAGCGGCAUUACCGACUACGGUAUCACCGUCGACCAGGCCUACGAUGGCGACGAUGCCACCGACGGUAUCACUAUCAGCGGCUUCACUCUGGACGGUGUUACCGGCACCACCGAUAGUGAUGCCGACUAUGCUAUUUAUGUCAACUGCGGUAGCGACAGCUGCACCGACUGGACCUGGACCGACGUCAGUGUCACCGGUGCCGACAACUCGUGCUCCAACCAGCCCAGCGGAAUCACUUGCUAG